UAAAAUUAAGGAACUAAAAUAAAUAAUUAUACAAAUUAAGAGACGAGUCGUGCAACGAAUAACUUAUGUAGACAUCGGCUCUUUGUUGACCAGUUAAGAAAUAUUUAUUUCUCCAUCUACUGCUAGCGUAGCCUAUAGCUUCUACUUAUACCACUGUACCACUCUUCACAGACAAUACUGGCAGCCUUUCCAGCUAAUUAGACCACUGCCAUCAAACCACUAAAUUGCAAAUUUUGACAACGACCUUUUUCUCAGUCACCCAUGUCUGAUUUCUCUCGCUUUUCACUCCCCCUCUACCUUCCCAGAAACCAAGCAAAGUUGAUCUCCCCAAGAAGGCCCCACCCUUCUUUAUCUCUGUCUCUUCUCUCCUUCUUAUCUGAUCCAUCGUCUCUGCGUAUCACUCUAUCUUUUCUUCUUUCUUCCUUCCUUUAGCUUGUCACAGAGCUAAAGAAGCUGACAUUAAAGAAGUGAUAUAUUCUUAUUCCCAUUUUCCUGUAUUACAGCAACGAGUAAAAUACUCAGCCUUUGAUACAUUAGAAUUGGUCACCGCACUACCUCAACUGCCCCCUCCAUUCUUUAAUCAAGAAAAUCAAAAUCCUUCCUUUCUGCAUUACAAAUCACACCCACUAGAUUAACCUCAAGAGAGGAACAAUGGAGAAGGGUUUUCUUCCUCUCUUCAUUUUUGCUUUCUUUGUUUCCACUUGCAGAGCAGAGAUCUCGAACAAGGUGGGAAUCAACUGGGGCGGGUUGGGAAACAAGCUCCCAUCACCUCCGCAGUCAGUGGGGCUCGUCAAAUCUCUCGGAGCCAAACGCGUCAAAAUCUACAAUGCCGACCCAGAUAUCCUUAAUGCCCUCAAGAACACCGACAUCGUAGUCUCCAUCAUGGUGCCAAACGAAAUCAUUGCCAACAUCUCCAAAAGCCAAUAUCUCUCCGAUCAAUGGGUCCAAACCAAUGUUGUGCCUUUCUACCCCGAGGUAAAAAUCCGAUAUCUACUUAUCGGGAACGAAAUCCUCACGAACCCUGAUAUUGGGACAUGGUACAAUCUUGUGCCGGCCAUGCGUCGAAUCAAGAGUUCCUUGAAAACCCACAAAAUCCACAAGGUCAAAGUUGGGACCCCAUCGGCAAUGAAUGUCCUGGAAUCGUCAUUCCCACCUUCAAAUGGAACUUUCCGGUCUGAUAUUUCGGAUCCGAUUAUCAAACCAAUGUUGCAGUUUUUAAACCGGACCAAAUCUUUUUUCUUCGUUGACAUCUACCCUUAUUUCGCUUGGGCCGAAAACCCGAAAGACAUCAAUCUCGAUUAUGCUCUUUUCCAGUCCAAGAAUAUAACGUACGCCGACCCGGUCACCAACCUAACCUACACCAACCUCUUUGACCAAAUGAUGGAUGCUCUUGUCUUCGCCAUGAAACGGCUCGGAUACCCGGAUAUCCGGAUUUUCAUUGCGGAAACGGGUUGGCCCAAUAACGGAGAUCUCGACCAAAUCGGUGCCAAUAUUUACAACGCCGCCACUUACACCCGCAACGUGGUAAAAAAGCUCACCAUCAAACCCGCCAUUGGCACCCCUGCCCGACCCGGAUCUGUAGUGCCUUCUUUCAUUUUUGCAUUGUAUAAUGAAAAUCAGAAACCAGGUCCUGGCACCGAGCGGCACUUUGGGUUGCUAUACCCUAACGGUUCAAAAGUGUUCGAGAUCGAUCUCAGUGGAGAAACACCUGAAUCGGAAUAUACAAAGCCGUUACCUGCACCGACAAAUAAUGAACCCUAUAAAGGAAAGGCAUGGUGCGUGGUGGCUGAAGGAGCGAAUAAGACUGCGCUGUUGGAUGCGAUAUCGUACGCAUGCUCGCAGGGGAACAAAACUUGCGAGCAGAUCCAGCCCGGAAACAGGUGUUAUAAACAGGAUUCUUUGAUUUGGCAGGCGAGCUACGCGUUUAGUUCGUAUUGGGCCCAAUUCAUGAAGGCGGGCGGGUCCUGUUAUUUCAACGGGUUAGCAACUCAGACCGCUAAAGAUCCGAGUUUCGGGCACUGCAAAUUUCCAAGUGUGACUCUUCAAGGCUGAAUUCAGCAAGUGAUUUGGGUGCCCAUUUUGCUAUAUUGUUGAGAGCUAAUAAAGUAUAUAAUUACUAAAAUGGGUGCCCAAAUCACUUAGCCUUUUUAGCAUAUGCUAUUUUAUGGCUUAUUCUGGAAGAGGCUAGAGAGAGGAUUUGCAACGGCUACAUGUAUUCACUAUUCAGCUUACUUAGUAUUUUUGAACACAACGGCUAAUUUAUUUUUUAUUUUAUAUUUUAUUAUCAUGUGUAAUGGUUCUCCAUUGGAUCUGACAGUAGCCUUUUAGCUAUUUGGACCAGUCGUGGGUAUUUAUUCUAUGUUCUUAGAUUUUGCCCAAAAGUCGGCAUUGUGGGCUUGAGAAAGAUAGAUUAAUCACCAGUGCUAGUAUAAAUGAAUGAUAAUUCCCAUCAAUUAAUGAAGAUUGUCCAAGUUACGAUAUUA